AUGCCCAACAGAAAGAAAUCGCUUCAAGAAGUUACAGCAGGGGAUUGCUAUGUCAACACUGGGUAUGUAUUGAGAUUCAAGACGAAAACAGUGGAGAAACUUCUUUGUGAGAAAACUCUGACGAGAGAAGAGGUUGCGAAAUUUAGAGAUGCAGUUUUAAAUGAAACUAUGUACGAGUUAUACUAUGAUAACAUUGGAUUGAAAGUGAGAGUUGGAGAUAACAGGUCCGUAGAUGAGUACGGCAAUUUGCAGGACCCAAAUGUAAUAGGUCAAAGGAUUUAUAUUUUCAGUCACCUGGACUUUCAUAUCCUUUACUUGGGUAACAAAGUGACAGCUAUAUAUGUUAUGAAUUACGACGAGACUGUAGCGGAUGUGUCUGAGGACACUGAAGUCAAUGUCAAGUUCACGUAUUCCGUCUACUGGGAUGAAUUUGAUCCCAAUGAAAAGCUUUUGGACGAAACACAUGUUCUGUCAUCGGUCAGUGACUUGUUCGAGCCCGUUGGAGGAGAUGAUCCUAUGUCUUAUGCUAAAAAUAUCAUCAUUUUCGUCUGGAUUGGGUUGCUUUGUAUUGUGAUUGUGACAUACCUUAGAGAUUAUUUUACUCGGUACUCACUCCAUUCCUUUUUGUUGGUGUAG